CGCGGUUCCACCAGGUUCACCUCAUCUGCAUGCCCGAGGGCGAUGAGAACAUCUGCAAGAUGUCUUCCAAGUACCACUUUGUCAAUGAUUACUUGUACAAGCCCAUCAAUGAGGAGGAGGAUGGAGGCACAUUGCAGUACUCUGAUAGAUACUACCCUGAAGGUUACCACGCUGGCGCCAACAUGGAGCUGGAUGGCAACGUGAGCCCCCAGGUGCAGCAGCGAAAGCACAACGCUCAACACAAACGACCAUCAUCAGGAACGAAUCAACAACGCCGACGACCAGCGGAAUACUUUGAGGACCCUGCAGAAGAAGCAGAAGAAGAAGAGCCCAACAAAUUCAGUUUCCAGCAAGCUCCAGCUUCCCCACGUCGCUCACAACAAAAGUCGCAACAACUUUCUUCCCAGCAGGAAUUCCUCAGGGCCAGUCAGAGCCGGACCAAAGCUGGCCCUAGUCCGGUGAGUGAUGCAGCAGCUGCCCCAGAGGACACUGCAGACGAGGACAGGUACGAGGACGAGGAAGAAGACCCAGAGGGCGCCACUGGGGACGAGGCGGCCCAAGACCAGGAAGCCCCUCAGGCCAGGAGCCAGUCAUCCCCCUCGCAACCCGACCACGCCGCCUUCAUGUCCCCCGACGAGAUCAACGUGGACCUGGCCCAGAGGCGACCUCUGGGUUACGCCGACCAGCAGCAGCAUGAUGGGGAACCCGGGGACCAUCAAUAAUUAAUAUCACAAUAAUAUCAUAAAAAAAGACGGGUUCCCAUUCAUUUUUGGGAAACUCUCGGUUGAAACAAUAAUAUACAGGUGGACUCUCGGUCUCUAUACAACGAAAUUCAAGGGACCAUUCCAAAAAAUAUAUAUAUUCGUAGUAGUGAGAUUUUCGCAGUAUAAGAACGCCGGUAACAAAUAAUCGCGGGGAGAGAACCCGAUGCUGGGACUGGACAAAAUUCUUUAUACAGAGAAUAUCGUUGUAGCGAGAGUUCAUUUGUAUGAUAUAAUUAUUAUAAAGCAGUUGAUCUGAAGAUGAGAGUCACUAUAAAACUAUAUGUUUGCUGCCAAAAAAAAAAGGCCUGAAAUUUCGCGAAAAAAAUUCUCUAAAAAUUAAUAGCUAUGGAAUAAUUUUCUAUGAAAAAAUGCUGGGACAAAAAAAAAAUCCGUUUUAAAAAGAUUCAGGGCUUUUACAUCAAGAGCAUUUCUUUCCAAAUUUAUAGGACAAAUGUUCGCAUUUUAAGCGUUGCAUAAUUAAAUAAUUACGAUUUUCAGUAAUUGAGCUCAUUAUAUAUAUGAAAGAAAUAUUGCAAUGAAAAAAGGGAAGCAUGGCUUUAAAAAAAUUGCGAACGAAAAAUCAUCAUUUUCUCUCAAAAAGUUUCCAAUUGGAAUAAAGAAAAAAUUCAGCGCUCUCACAAUAAGCAAUUUCAAUUGCAAUUUUUGAAAAUAUACCUGGGGCUUUCUACUCUUGAAUUCCUUCGCAAAUUUAAGAGAAAUUGAAUACUAAGAGAAAUACUAAGAGAAAUUGAGAGAAAUUUUUUUGAAUAAAUAAAAAAAAGAACUUUUCUGAAAAUCUUGAACAAAGUGACGUUGAAUUUCAAAUCCAAGAACUUGAAAUCCUUGGAACAUCCUCUGAUUUAAAAAGAAAAGCCUUCUCAAGAAAAUUAAUCACGACUGUUUUCAGCAUAAUUUAUUGAAUAUACCUAUAUAGUACAUCUCAUCUGCACUUGAAGUAAUUUUUUAAAAUAAAAAUUUAAAACACAGCGUCUGAUGAUGUUUUUUCUGUUUUUCCGCUAAAAAGUAAAAUUAUAAGUUGACUUUCUUUUUAGGGGAGAAACCUUUCCAAAUUUAUUUUCAAAAAAAUAUUUUUCUUCAUUCAGAAACUGGUCUUGAAUCAAAUACAGUUGAAGAGUGGCUUGUCAAUAAAAACAAUUGUUGAUUAUAAUAACUUUUAGCCUGCUGUAAGUUGAAUGAAUUGUAAUUGAAAUCAUUAAGCUUAUGAAAUUGUUACCAUGCUUUGAUUUAUUAAGUACAGAAAUAAAUUUAAUCGGGCUUUUUUGUCACAACAUAUUUUUAAAUUACUGCAUCUGAAAAAAAUUGAAUGUCCUAGAAAAAUAUUCACCCUUCACUUCCAAAGAAGGAUCUCGUUCCAAAAAAAAAAAAAAGAAGAAAGAAAAUACUUGAGACACUGCAAAGUGGUGAUAGAAAAGCAACGAAAGUAUUACUGUUUGUCUUCGCUUUUUUUGUCGUUAUUGUUGUUUCAAUGAAAUUUUUGCAACUGGGAGUUUCUCCAGCGCAUCCAGUUGAACUUAUUGUUUUUUUUAGUGUGCUGGGUAUUUAUCAACCGAUGUAUCAUGAUUUGCCUUUUGUGAAGUUGCGGAAAAUACACCCAUUCUUGGAAAUUUUCACUCAA